AUGGUUUUAAAGGCGGAAUACACUAAGAGCCCAACUGCAAACUUCCCCUCCAAUGUUCUGUCCUGCAGAUCCCUGUCAUCCAGUAAGGCUGGCCCCAGUGGCCCCUCCAGCCUCUCAGAUGGGGAGCUGGCCCGGAACUUGCAGGACAGUGUCAAGCACCGCAUCCUGUACCUCUCAGAGCAGCUGAGAGUGGAAAAGGCCAGCCUGGACAGGAACACUGUGGGCUUCCUCAAGCUGGUGUCCACAGCUGGCCGGCAGCAGGCCCCCCACGUCUGGCAGGCCUUAGAGAAGGUGAACCAGCGUGCCUCUGCCACCGUUGCCCAGAUUGAGCGAAGGCUCCACCGGUGUCACCAGCAGCUGCAGGAGCUGGAGGAGGGCUGCAGGCCCAAGGGCUUAGUGCUGAGGGCAGAAAGCAGCCUGGGGUACAACCGUGAGCAGCCCAGCGAGAAGGCUCUUUCAGAGUCCCCCAAGCCAGGUGCGGAACACUGCCCAUCCACCGACCUGUUUGAUGUAAUUAGACACCUCUCUCCAGAGAGUCACUCCGCAGCCUUGCAGCAGGGGAGGUCCUCGGAGACCAAGCAUGGGGCCCAGCUGUGAGCCCUGCUGUGGCAGAAGGUGAAGGAAGAGCGGAUCAAAGUCAAGACCUUCCACCUCAGCUUGCAGGUGUCCUAUCAGAGCCUCAAGGAGCGGUAUGUGACCAACCUGCAGGCAUCGCUGGAGUCCCUCUGGGAGGAGAAGUGCAG